UUUUGUUAGUGAUGGAACCAACCCACCAAGCUAUGGUGAAAGAAUUACUGUUCUAAGCAUGGAUGGUGGAGGUAUAAGAGGCAUUCUUCCAGGAACCAUUUUGAGCUUUCUGGAAUCCAAGUUACAGGAGCUGGAUGGAGCAGAUGCCCGCAUUGCAGAUUACUUUGAUGUGAUUGCAGGAACUAGCACAGGAGGUCUGAUAGCAAGCAUGUUAACUGCGCCCGAUGAGAACCAGCGUCCACUCUUCAUGGCCAGAGAUAUUGUUCCGUUCUAUCUCCAGCAUUGCCCCAGAAUAUUUCCUCAGUCCCAUUCUACAGUAACCAGGCUACAGACUCUCACCGGCCCAAAAUACAAUGGAAAGUAUCUGAGAAGUCUAAUUCGCAGGAUGCUCGGAGCUCGAAGACUGCAUGAGACUCUAACCCGAGUGGUUAUACCUACAUUUGAUAUAAAAUUGCUGCAACCCACCAUCUUCUCAAGCUUUGUGGCGGAAAUGGAUUCUUCUAAAGACGCUUUGCUGUCAGAUAUUUGUAUCAGCACUUCCUCUGCUCCAACUUACCUUCCAGCUUAUAACUUUAGAACCCAUGAUUCGGAUGGAAAUGAAAGAGAAUUCCACCUUGUUGAUGGAGGGGUGGCAGCAAAUAACCCUGCAUUGCUGGCUAUGAAGCCAACAGGAGCAGUGUUUCCUGGAGGGCCAGAAGAGCACUUGGCAUCAAAAGCUUUGCAGCAUGAGAAUUAUGUGGUGAUCUCACUGGGAACUGGAACUUCAAAGAUAGAGAAGAAAUACAAUGCGAAAAGGGCAGCAAGGUGGGGGAUUCUAGGGUGGCUUUACAAAGAAGGGCAUUCGCCUUUGGUGGAUGCGUUCACCUUUGCCAGUGGAGACAUGGUUGACCUUCAUAUGUCCUUGAUUUUCAGAUCCAUUAGAUGUGAGCAUAACUACCUUCGUAUUCAGGAUGACACAUUGAGUGGGGACACAUCAUCAACUGACAAAGCCACCCGGAAGAACAUGGAGGCUCUUGUGAAGAUCGGUAAAGAGCUCCUACAGAAACCGGUUUCCAGGAUGAACCUUGACAAUGGCAUAUUUGAACCAGUUGAAAAUGCAGGCACCAAUGAAGAAGCUCUCACAAGAUUUGCAAAAUUGCUAUCAGAUGAAAGGAGAUUGAGAAGACAAAGAAUCAAGAAUAGCUAAAUCUUCUAUAGAAAUUUAGAUGUUUGUGGGAUAUUUCCCAAUAGAAUAAAUGUUUGAGGAUAUAUCUUCAUGCUGAUGUUGAAAUUGCUGCAAGUUUCUUUGCCUUUGUUAAAAAUGGUGUACCUCAAUUCCGAUCA